UAUGAUGAUGAUUGAAGAAAAAGGGGCAACAGAUAGAUGAAUGAAUGAAUUAAUGGAGGGUGGAGCGAAUCCCGCAGCUGCUGCGAAGUAAACGAGGCGAAAGGGACGUUCCAUCCCUUUUCCAACCCCACGGAGAAGGAGGAGGAAUCGAAUCUCCCUUCCCUCCCAUUCGUCACCUCUUUCUUCUUUCGUCUUGUCAAAUCCCUAAUAAGAACCCGGAGAGGAUUCCCCCUCUCUUCGGUUCAUCAUUUCAGGUCCCCAAACGGUUUUGAUUGAUUUCUCCCAACAUUCUUCAAGUGGAUAAAGAAAAAACUCAGAAUAAUUGCCUUGAAUUUCGAGCUAUACUGUGGUUUGGAUCCACUUUCAUGAAUGAACUAAAAGGCAAUGGAAGACGAUAUAUUUUCCGGCAUCGCCAAUACUUCAGGGGUUGAAAGCAAGGUUCUUCAGACAUUCCAGAAAAACUUCGUGCAGGUCCAAACCAUAUUAGAUCAGAACAGACUGUUAAUCAACGAGAUCAACCAGAAUCACGAGUCAAAGAUCCCCGACAACUUGACUCGAAAUGUGGGCUUGAUUAAAGAGCUGAACAACAACAUCAGAAGGGUGGUCCACAUCUAUACCGAUCUCUCAAGCAAUUUUUCCAAAUCGAUGGAGGCUUCCUCUGAAGGCGAGUCGGCUGGGACAACGAAAUCCGAUGGGAGAGGUGGACAGAAGAGGGGUAGGUCUUAAUAAGGGCCGGCAGGUAUGACGAAUCUGAGUAGUCUUUGCUAUGGGAUUUGGCUGAACUAUACUCGACAAUGAGUGUCUUCUUGCAUAGUGGGAUGGAUCGAUUUUCCUUAGACGUUUUAAUUGCAUGACAUUCUUGAUCGAGUUACAUGCUUUGAUUCCUUUGUUGCUUCUACAUGGAACUGUGCCGAUACUGAUUCUUGCACCUGCUAUGUUUUUAGCUUGAUGAAUAAAGCAGUAGAAGUUCACAAA